AUGGCCGACUGGCUCAGGAAAGAAAUGGGCGUCUACCAAUCAGAGGUGCUGGGAGUCGUUCCUGAGCUCUGCAAGUGUCAAGACCUGGAGCUGGACUGUGACAGCACAAAGCUUAAAGACAUCCCGGAGGUGGCAGUUAAUGUCACAAUGAUGUCCCUUCAAAGGAAUCAGCUCCAGAAGCUGAAAACAAACAUAUUCUUUAAGUACAAAAGUCUACAGAAACUAUAUCUUCAAUACAACAGAAUUCAAGAUGUGAGUCCUGAUGCUUUCAGAGGGCUGCAUAAUCUAACAAGACUGUAUCUGAGCCACAACAACAUCUCUGUCCUGAUGCCCGGGGUGUUCCAGGAUCUUCACAAGCUGGAGUGGUUGAUCUUGGAAAAUAACAAUAUCCAUCAAAUAUCCUCCAUGACCUUCUCGGGACUGAACUCCCUUGUUUUACUGGUUUUGUUGAACAACUCUUUGACAAAACUGGAUGACAUAUGUCGGGAAAUGCCAAUUUUGAACUGGCUCGAUUUGGAGGGAAAUCUCAUUGAAACCAUUGGAAAUGUGUCUUUCUGCUCAUGCAGUAUGUUGACAGUUCUGGUUUUACAGCAGAACAGGAUCAGCCAUAUACACGAGCAAGCUUUCUCAGUCCUCCCAAGGCUUGGAGAAUUGGACCUCUCCAACAACAGACUGGUGGCGAUCCCUCCUAAUCUCUUUGUUUUACUCGGGGAUUUACUCCAACUGAAUAUAUCAUAUAAUCCCAUCAUGGAGCUCCAAGUUGACCACUUUGACAAGUUGCAUAAACUGAAGUCAUUGAGCAUAGAAGGGAUCGAAAUUGGAAACAUACAACGGAGGAUGUUCGAACCCCUCAAACACUUGACUCAUAUCUACUUUAAGAAAUUCCAGUACUGCGGCUAUGCUCCUCACGUGCGGAGCUGCAAACCCAACACUGACGGCAUCUCGUCCUUCGAGGACCUGCUGGCCAACAUCGUGCUGAGGGUCUUCGUUUGGGUCGUCUCCGCCACCACAUGCUUCGGCAACAUCUUCGUCAUCUGCAUGCGCUCCUACAUCCGAUCUGAGAACAAACUCCAUGCCAUGUGCAUCAUUUCUCUCUGCUGCGCAGACGGGCUGAUGGGCAUCUACCUCUUCAUGAUUGGCGCGUAUGAUCUGAAGUACCGCGGCGAAUACAACAGGCACGCUCAGGCCUGGAUGGACAGCAAUCAGUGCCAGGUCAUCGGAUCUUUGGCUAUGCUGUCCACUGAGGUAUCCGUACUCCUCCUUACUUACCUCACCCUGGAGAAAUACAUCUGCAUCGUCUACCCUUUCCAGUACCUGACGCCUGGCUGGAGACGGACUGUCACCAUCCUUCUCGGGAUAUGGGUGUUCGGCUUUAUCGUUGCCCUCCUGCCACUGGUCUGCAAGGGGCUGUUUCGCAAUUUCUAUGGGACCAAUGGAGUUUGCUUCCCGCUGCACUCUGAGCAGCCGGAGACAGUUUGGGCUCAUGUUUACUCCAUCGUCAUUUUCCUGGGUCUCAACUUGGUGGCAUUCCUUAUCAUUGUCUUAUCCUAUGCAAGCAUGUUUUAUAACAUCCAGAGAACAGGGACUCAGACCACCAAAUACAGCAACCACAUCAAGAAAGAGGUGACCAUCGCCAAGAGGUUCUUCUCUAUCGUCAUCACUGACUCCCUUUGCUGGAUCCCCAUCUUCAUCCUCAAGAUCCUGUCACUGCUGCAGGUGGAGAUUCCCGGUACCAUCAGUUCCUGGGUGGUCAUAUUUAUUCUGCCCAUAAACAGCGCUCUAAACCCCAUCCUUUACACACUGACCACACGGCCUUUCAAAGAGACUAUUCUGCAGGUAUGGGCAAACUACAGGCAGAGGAGACCUCUUCUCAGCGGGCACCCAGCUCAUCAUCCAUCUCUAACAUGGCAGGAAAUGUGGCCCCUGCAGGAGAACAGCAAUGGCCCCACCACGGGUCACCCGCAUGAAACUACCGGAACGAUAGCCAAGCUCACCCCUGUGGAAAAUACCAACGAUGGAUACAAUGUCAUCACCACAUGCACACAGCAAACACAGAAAACGCAUACAGUGCUGUCAGUAUGUUCAAAGGACGAGAAAAUGCCACUCACAUCAACCCCAACACACACACAAACUAAAACUAACAACGUGGGUGUCGAAUAGCAUGUAUCUGUUGGUGAAUAUUUAUCAAAGAGUCACCUCAACAGAUUAAACGUGAUCAUGUUCAUUGAUCUCAGUAAUUGGGAUUAAAAACCAUUUGUAUUUGUUAGUAUCUUUGUAAGUCCCACUGUAUGCAUGUAUUGCCAAAGCAGCAACCAUCACAGAAAUGGAUGAAGUCAGGGCAGCAAUCACUUAUGUAGCCGUACAGAUCCUGUAAUAAAGAAAUCAGCUUCAAAAAGAUAUAUAUCUCUGCAGAACAGAAGCUAUUUCCCACUUAGUUUGGCUUUUGUUCCACUAGCUUUCAUUGCUCAGUUAAGUUUCUCCCAGACGGCUUCUUUCAUCAUCUUUUUCUUAAAGCUGGUUAUCCAGUCCAUGUUCUGAGCUGAACGUACAUCUAUUGUUACAUUGGCAAGUACAUUUCUGACAAUCAUAAUUUCUAAUGGUGAUAAAUAAUUACAUAAUUAGUUAGGAUCAAGUAACUACAACUCUUAAUAAGUAGUUUAAAGCGCAUCUGUGGAUGAAACUCCUUAGAUAUGUUGUUGAAUGCUAUAGUAGCGCAGUCUGUUGGUUAAAGUCCCAGAACCAAGUGAAUGCAACGUCUAAAUUGUACUGUGUGUGCUGUGUUCUGUACAUGUAACCAAAAGAGGAUUUACUCCAAAUCAAAAUACUUUGAGUGUUUAAGUUCAUUAUUGAUAUUUCAAAUCUGAAAAGUCAAUCUUGUCAACUCAAGAUUGACUUUACAGCUUUUGUGCCCUUCACUCAUCAUGCCAGAUGCGGUCAUCUGUCUGGGGGCUUAAGGCCAGGAAAAUGGGGACAACGUCAUUUGUGCCCUCUGCUCGGUCCAGCCUAAAAAGAGAUGUAUUAAAAUAACUCCCAUCUUCCCCCUCACACAAACGCAUUAUCACAAAGGCACUGCUACUGUUUAAACAUUUUGAGUAUUUUGCCUGCCCCAUACUGUAUUGUAUGUAUUGCUAUUGUCUGUUUCAAACUGUGUUGACAGUAUUGAGAAGAAACAUCUAUUUUAUGUCAUGUAGUGGACAGUAAUAUUUCCUAAGUCUAAAUGAGAGAUAAAACUGACCUCAACUGGUUUUCGAAACUACAGCAAGUUCAUUGUAGUUGUUAUUGUCUUAAUCCAGACCCUCAGCAAGGAUGGAUACUCUGUGUUGCCUUUGCGACCAAACAUUUUAUUUAUGGAAAUAUUGAAUGUAUUGAAUGACAAAUGUCAAGUAUGUUCAACAAAGAAUGUAUUUUUUGGGGGUCCAAGGACAUUUCCCAGCUGGUCUGGGGUUUCAACUUGAACUCAAGCAACCACUGCACAGCACAGUUUUUACACU